AUGCUGCUUAAUGAGCAUACCCUGCUUUCGGUUGGGCAUAUAGUUAUUUCUCAACGUGGUAGAGGACGCGGAUAUACAUGGGUUAAUCCUCGAUCUCGUGCUGCUGCUCCUCGUGGUCAAGUUGCGCAGGGAAGGCCUUCGCAUCCGGUGGAUCCUGAUCCAUGGAUCCAUCAGACUGUUCGUACAGCUACGACGGGGAUAGGUGUUGGUCCAUUGGUUCUGAGUGCUACUCCCCGUCCUCAUAGCAGGUCUACUUCUUUCCAAAAUGCUACUCGUAUGGUUGUACCUCCAGUUCGUAUUUCGGAAGUGCAAUUAGUAGUUGUUCCAUUGGCCGGUUGUUCUACAAAUGUACAUGUUAAAGGUGAAGGCAAGGCCAUAGUAACUGAGGAUGAGUCUGAUGAGGAAGAGGACGUAAGGGAUCGAGGCUCCUCAAGCUUUACUCCAGUGUUUCAUAUGCGUAUAUCUGAUGAGGAUCUGAUUGUGGAUGAUAACAAGCGUUCCCAUGAUGAAAUGGUGGGACAACAAAGAUGCUUAGAAGCUGGUCAGCCACAACCUUUUUUGGACAAUCGUCCUAUGGAAGGUGCUGGUCUUGUUGAUAGUUCAGCUCCAGUUAGUACAGAAGAAGACCCUCCAGCAAAGAGGCAGCAUAUGGAUUCGGCAGAUCAGGAAGAUGAAUCUAUGGGAAUUGUGAUGGAAGCCAGCAACAAAUGGCCCCAGAGUAUUGAAUGA